AUGUUAACUCUGAAGAAACCUCUAUUAUUUCCUUUGAAACCCUCCAAUUUUUCACCUUCAUCUUCCAAUCUACUAAUAUCAAAAAACUAUUCUCAUUCCUAUUCGUAUUCCAUCCGUUGCCAAUAUUCGUUUACAUAUCCUCCUUCAUCUCUUCACUCAUCUUCGAUAACUAAUCAAUACACAUCCAAUAACCUUCCCUCUCACCAAUUUAAUCCCCUUUACCUAACAUCAAAUAUCCACACUUCCUCAACUCCUAAAUCUCCAGAUCCUUCUCGUGUAUCAACACCUCCAAAUAACCUCAACCCCCUUAUAAUAACAGACACUUCUUCCGAUAACAACAAAACAAUCUCCUCAAAGGAACCUGUAAUCGACAAAAUCAAAAUCUCACAAUGGAAAAUAAUAUUCCAAUUAUUAACCAAACUAUGGCCAAAAAAGGAUUACCUAUCAAAAUUUAAAAUCACCUUUGCCUUCGCACUACUAAUUUCCUCAAAAGUAUUAAACGUCCAGGUCCCCUUCUAUUUAAAAUCAAUAAUUGAUUCAAUGAAUAUAGACUGGAUCUCCCAAGUCUCCCCGGUUUCAACUGUUAUAGGUUCUGCUAUCUUUGCUUAUGGGGCUGCAAAAUUCGGCUCUGUUCUACUAUCUGAACUAAGAAAUGCUGUCUUUGCAAGAGUAGCCCAAAAUGCCAUCAAAAGAGUAGCAACUGAUACUUUUAGACAUCUCCUAAACCUAGAUUUAAGCUUCCAAUUGUUCAGACAAACUGGCGGCUUGAUCAAAGCUAUUGACAGAGGAAUUAAAGGAAUAGCAUACAUCCUAACUGCAAUGGUCUUUCACAUCUUACCAACAAGUUUUGAAAUUGCAAUGGUUUGCUCAAUUAUCACCUACAACUAUGGCUCUGUUUUUGGUGGUGUUACCUUUUUAACAAUCCUAUUUUAUGCUUAUUUCACAAUCAAGACAACUAUCUGGAGAGCUCGCUUUAGAACUCAAAUGAACAAAGCUGACCAAACUGUCGCAAGUAUAGCAACUGAUUCUCUACUAAAUUACGACGCUGUCAAAUACUUUAAUAACGAAUCUUAUCAAUGUUUGAAAUACAACGCUGCCUUUAAAAAAUACAAUGAAUCAAUGAUCGAUGUACAAACUUCGCUAGCUUUCAUGAACUCAGGCCAGAGUUUGAUCUUCACAACCGCUGUCACAACAAUGAUGUAUGUAGCAUGCAAUGGAAUAGCUAAUGGUUCACUAACUGUUGGUGAUUUAGUCCUAAUCAAUCAAUUAGCAUUUCAACUAUCAGGGCCUUUGGUGUUCUUUGGCACUGUUUAUAGAGACUUGAAACAGUCUCUUUUAGAUAUGGACACCUUAUACAAAUUCUUAAAAGUCCCCGUCGAAAUCAAAGAUAAACCAGAUGCUAAAAUGUUUCAAUAUAAAGGUGGCGAGAUUAAAUUCGAAAAUGUAUCUUUCAGUUACACUCCAGGAAUCCCAAUACUUAAAAAUGCAAACUUCACUAUUCCUCCCGGUAAAAAAGUUGCCUUAGUUGGUCCCUCAGGUUCUGGUAAGUCAACAAUUGUUAAAUUAAUCUUCAGAUUUUAUGAUGUGGAUUCUGGUAGAAUCCUAAUUGACGGUCAAGAUAUUAAAGAUGUAUCAUUAGAAUCUCUAAGAAGAGCAAUUGGCGUUGUUCCUCAAGAUACUCUUCUAUUCAAUGAUACAAUUUAUCAAAAUAUUCACUAUGGUGAUUUCACAGCUUCUUAUCAAGACGUGAGUAAAGCUAUAAUGGAUGUUAAACUUGAUAGAUUAAUAUAUGAGUUGCCUGAUGGCUUAAAUACUGUUGUAGGUGAAAGAGGUUUAAUGCUCUCUGCUGGUGAAAAACAAAGAAUCUCGAUUGCUAGGUUAUUAUUGAAAAAGGCUCCGAUUAUUUGUUUCGAUGAGGCUACGUCUUCUCUUGAUACUCAAAAUGAACAAAGUAUUUUGAGAGUCAUAAGAAAUAUAUAUAGAGAGAAAAACAAUACCCAAAUUGCCAUUGCCCAUAAGUUGAAAACAAUAUCGGAUAGUGAUAAAAUUAUAGUUUUGGAGAAAGGUCAAGUAAUUGAAAGAGGUAAGCAUAAAGAUUUGCUAAAUAAUAAGAAAAGUUUAUAUUCAGAAUUAUGGAAUAUUCAAGAAAAUCUAGAUAUGGAAGAACAGUCUUUAAAAGAUGACGAAACAAGAUUAAAUCAAUGGAAAGAAAGGAUAAAGGAUAGAUUGUGA